AUGGAUGCGUUAAUUGAACACGUGACAGAAAGAUCUGGUCCAAUCUGCUUCAGAGAUCCAGUUAUUGGAAGUGGACCAGCAGGUUUUUAUACAGCGUAUCGCGUAUUAAAAGACCAUCCAUCAACUUUAGUAGAUAUGUAUGAAUCUCUCCCCAUUCCUUUUGGGCUGGUUCGGUAUGGUGUAGCUCCAGAUCACCCAGAAGUUAAGAACGUUCAACAUAGGUUCGAUGAAGUUGCGCAAGAUUCGCGCUAUACUUUCAUUGGUAAUGUUAAGUAUGGUGAAGACCUCACUAUAGCAGAUCUAAAAUCACAAUACGAUGCAAUUGUUUUUUCAUAUGGAGCGAGUCAAGAAAGAUCUCUUGGUAUUAAAAACGAAGAUGAACCUAUUAGGAAUAUAUUUUCUGCACGAGCUUUCGUUGGUUGGUAUAACGGUCUACCACAAUAUCGAGACUUGGAACCUGAUUUGACUUGCACCGACACCGCUGUGGUUAUUGGGCAUGGCAAUGUAGCUUUAGAUGUUGGCAGGAUAUUAUUGACAGAUGUUAUGGAAUUAAGCAAAACAGACAUCACAGAAUAUGCUUUAGAAAAACUCGGGAAAAGCAAAAUAAGAAAAGUUAUUAUUGUAGGAAGAAGAGGACCUUUACAGGUUUCUUUUACUGCCAAAGAGCUUCGUGAAAUGAUGAAUUUACCAAAUACGAAAUUUCAUACAGAUUUCGAGUUCAUAAAGAAUGAACUUUCUGCAAAUGUUGAUCUUAUUUCGAAAAAUCGUCCCUUGAAACGAUUAAUGCAAAUAUUAGAGAAAGGAAGGUCUAAUACUAUUGGUGAUAAAUCAUGGUCACUCAAAUUUUUACGUAGUCCAGAUGAAUUCCUAGCACAUGACGAUAAUGAUCCUAUUCGACCAAAAUACGUACGUGCAAUCAAAUUCCAUAUUAAUAAAUUAGAAGGCCCACCAGAAAAACGAGUUGCCGUUCCCACUGGAAAAAUGGAAGAAUUGCAAAGUGGUUUAGUUCUUAAGAGUGUAGGAUAUAAAAGCGUACCCGUAAAAGGUUUACCUUUCGAUGAGAAGAAAGGUCUUGUCCCUAAUUAUAAAGGAAAGAUCCUAGAUAAUGAUAAUAAUGAGCAACCGGGAUUAUACGUCGCUGGAUGGUUAAAACGUGGUCCUCAAGGUGUAAUAGCAACAACCAUGUAUGAUGCGUUUGAGACCGCAGAAGCUAUUGUAUCAGACAUUAAGCAAAAUAAACCAAUGCUUUCAUUCCAAACUACUAAAAGAGGGUCAGAUGCGAUAAUUCCAAUUCUUCAUCAACGCGGUAUAAGAACAAUUUCAUACGAGGAUUGGAAAAAGAUCGAAGAAAAGGAGAACGAGGCAGGAAGAGUGAAAAAUAAACCGAGAGAAAAAUUUGGAAGAAUUGAGGAUGUAUUAUUCACUUUAGAUACAUUGAAAUAA